GUUAGUUUUGGUUAAUUGGAUGAAAUAUAGAAUUAUCAGCAUGACGAGAGGGAGAAAAAGGAGGUGAAUAACAGCACACUUAUUUAAGUUAAACACAAGAAUUAAUACUAGUAGAAGUGGAUGAAAUUAAGGAGCAGUCCCAAAGCUCAGGGGUUCCUUGGAGUAGCAUUCAAGACUAGUGCAAUUCAUCUUCAUCUUCUCCACUGCUACAUUCAUAAACUAAUCUCCUAUUUCUUCACCAUUUCAUUUCAGAUAGUAGAUUUUAUACCUUUCUUCAAUAAUGGGGCAUACUUGCCAUCAUCCUCUUCUUCUCCACCUGAUUUUCGUCAUCAUUGUUAUCUUACUCAUCUCUUUCCACACUCUCAUCUCAUUCGAUUACACCAAUCAUGCCGUCCACAAAUGUUUUCCUAAUCAACACUCCAAAAGGCUCUUUCUCUUCCAGAAAUUCAGACUCUUUCUUCCACUCAAUCCCACAAAUGGAGAUCCCGCAAAUUUCCCUGCAUCGCCAGCGCCGGCUCCAGGGCCCCGCAUUACCCACCGCGGCUCUCCGGCUCCUUCUCCGGUGGCACAGCGGCGCACGCACCACAGCCACCCGCACCCGCACCCUCGGGCUCACAAGGCGCAGAAGGAGGAGCGAGGGAGAGGCAAGAGAGCUAUGACUGCUUUGCUUGCAUCAGUCGGAGUUUCCUCGGCAUUGUGCGCGGUGGCGAUGUUUUUCGGCUGCCGGAAAUUCAAGAGACGGCGGAAGAAACAGAGGAGUGGUUUGCCCAAGUUUAUGAGCUCAAUGAAAAAGAUAACCACAGAUCCCGGCCCUGAUCUUUUCUACCUCAAAUCGUUGGAAUCUGCAUUCCAACCAGAUAAAUACUGUCUCAAACUUGACUCCUCCACCGCAAAAAUGUGCUCCGCCGAGAAUACAUUUCAUGAGAAAGUCAGGGAUUCGGAGCAGGGGCGGACACACGUAGAAACUGGGUAG